GUCCGACUCCGUCCAAACACUGACGUGACAUUCCGCACCCACUAUUAAUUACUAAGGUUAGAGGCGUUGGGCUCUUCAGAUGAUGAAGGGCUAAAAGCUCUUUUAGAUCUGAUUCAAAAGAUCGUGCAGGAUUUACGCUCCACGAUCACACCGAUGUAUCCUUCGAUAUUGAAGGCUUUACUGCGACUUCCAGUUCGAACGAUAGCUUCGGACGCUCUCGAGGCGUUACUCUCUACGUUGUCAUCGAUCUUCAAGUACGUUGUGACACCAUCUACGAGUCCCGAUAACCUCCAUUUGACAUGGUUAUGUCUUCGCAAAACUCUUCCCAAAUGUUUACCAGAAAUUCAACGGACCAUGGCAGAAGUUUGGGGUUCGGUUCUCAGGAAGGUGAAGGCGAGCUUGAGAGAGAACGUCGUUCUGAUGAUAGCAGAGGAUUUGGGAGACAUCGAGGAUGCUGCUGCGUGGUGUUUCGUGUCUGCUUGCAUGUCUGUAUCUCAAAUGCUUCAUAGGGUUACCCCAUCGUUAAUGAGCCCACUGCUCACUUACUACCUCUCUGGCGGAGAAGACGUCGUUUCGCUUUACACCCUUCUUCGCCGAGUGUUGACUGCUUUCAUUCACCGCGUAAAAGGAGCAGACCAAUUCACCGCGAUAACUGACAUCGUCCUAAAAGAAUUUGCCAACGCCCCGUCCCACGACUCUGAACGUUUACGACGUCAUCGCGUCGGUUCGUAAUGGGCCUCGACUUACCAACCAAAAUAUUACACAGCUAUACGGCGUAUUACCGGUCUCUCCUGAAAGUAUCGUCAGCGCUGCUGACGGCAGGUGAUAUGAAUUCAUGGAUGUCAUCUGGUUGUUAUUCGGCUCGACUGUGGAGGAUGGACAGCUUCACGCUCAAACUUCACGGAGUUUUGAGUGAAUUUGGAUGGGGAGGAUGGAAGAUGAUUAAUUGAUUGCUCAACCUGUGUUGGUCAAGAGGGACUGUCAGAAGCUGGAUAGAGAAAACGAGUUUGCACGUACUAAGCGCUUCCGCGUUUGAUGCGAGAGGAGUCGGAUAGUCGGAUAGUACAUCACGGCCUUGCAUUCUGACCGCCACGGUACAUUAGAGCUCAAAUCUCAAGUCCCGUUCUCCGUAAGAUGCUGUGUUUGUGCGUCCUCUUUGUCCGGAAUAUGCGAUUCAUCAAGUAUCCACUGGUUCUGAAGAAACCAAGGAAAGUAGAGUCCACGAUCCCGAUCUGGAACGGACUCGGAGAUUCAAAAGUUUCGAUAAAGAAAAGAAACCAAAGGAAUUGGAC